UGGACAUCGGUGGGCGAGCUGACGCCCUUACCGUGACCGUUCAGAUCAUUGCGCGUGGAGCUGUAGAAAUGGACAGGGAUGACCCAUCGAAUCGCAUUACAUCGCCGAUCGGACAGAGGGGUGGCCCCGGCCAGCCUCCUAGGCUCCGUACGCACAUAAACAGUCUCCCCAACGACGUACUUGUGGACAUCCUUCGCUCCGCGUUCGUCGAUCGCGAAACAGCCCGUUACUUCCCUGACUGUCAGGCCUUUAACUUUCCACGGAAAUGGGAAGAUUUCUGUCAACGCCCGGGAUUGGGGUCUCCAUAUGACGAUCGAAAUCCUAAGCACGCCUCUGCAGAAUAUCUCGCCUCCGUCUGCACUCAAUGGCGAGAAGCCAUGUCAGGCCUGUCCAUCUUCUGGUCGCUCCUCAUAGUUUGGCUUGGCCACGAGCCGACACCGCUCUGGAGGAUUCGCCAGUAUCUGGCUUGGUCGCGUGAUCAACAGCUCGACAUCUACGUCCUGCGGAGGUUCAGCCCCGCGAUCGAAGACAGAGCGGAGAAGACUCACGUCAAAGCCAUCGUCGAUCUCCUGUUGCCUCAUAUCGCACGGUGGAGAAUGCUAUAUUUUGCACUUCUUCACGCGGAUUCACUCCCGAUCCCUCGUGUCGAUCUCGUGGGACGCGCGGUUAACCUCCUCCAAUUGUACCUCGGUUCUCUUGUUGACGAUGCAGUCGCCAACAGCGAGGGAGUCCUGGCUCGAAGCGGCGGCUUUGAAGCCCCCAUGGUAGACAUGCUCUCUAUGGGCGGCGUCCACUAUUACGGAUGCUACAUGAAUCCCACUCCUCAGACGCAGAUGUUUCCUAACGUAAAGUCGCUCCACCUUACCGACUAUGCUUUACACCACACGCCUUUCCCCCUUGUCGACCUCCUCAGAGUUCUCGCGCACAGCAGCGUUACCGCGCUCUAUCUCAACAACAUGCAGUUCGACUGCUCUUAUUCUGGCCCGCCAAUACUGCUCUCCAUUGACGAUUCCUGGGAGCCCAAUGUCACUUUCACGAGCAUGACUGGUGAAGUCAUCGCAGAAUAUAACCGCCUGCUCGACUACCCCCACCCCGAAACGACGACAUACAGGCGUUGUACGAUCCCCGAUUGCGACCCUUUCGCGCUCCCUCCAUUGGGGACGUCUUACAUGGUUCAUCUCGAGCAGAUCGCGGAUCCACGGGCGGUCACGUACUACCUCACAAACGUCGCAUGUACCGAGCUCUCUUGCCACGAAGCGUCGUUUCACGACUGCGACGGCCUCCAGCCGGAGGUGCUCAAUAUCGCACUGGGGACGCCGGUGCUCAAAGAUGGCGAAGAGACAUGGUUGUGCCCGAGGGUCGAUCAUAUUGCCAUGUAUGAAUGCAGGUACAUUCGCAGCAGGGACAUACGGGCGGUGCUUGAGGCGCGCUAUAAAGCACAUGAAGCGACGGGCUUUGUGGAUGAGAAUGAUCUAGAAUUUGAAGUGCUGUCCGUGAAGCAUCUCGUGGUGGACGAUUGCAUAGCGCUGGCUCCGGAAGACAAACAGUGGUUUGACACGCACAUGGAGUCGGUUUGGUGGGGUAGCCUGGAAUCCCUGGACUGGAGGUACAUGGGUAGCUCGGCUAAAAGAUCGCGUCGGUCAACGUAUAGAGUUCUAGUAUCCCCGCAUUCUAGUCGAUUCUGCACUGAAUAAAUAUUGCAUUGACAACAUUGUGGUUACAACAUCGCGAUAAAGAUGGACAUUACUCUACAACGCGUACAACAAACAACUACAGUA